CUGAGUGAGUUGAUUCUUCAACUUCUGACUCGCGUCCUCAGGAGAAACGAGGACGAUGAGCGAGUUCGUCCGUUUUUACACAGUUUUUUUUAUCCGAUUCACUUUAUUCCUAAGGUUUGUGUUUGUCGAUCAUGGGAAAUCUACUGUUUUUUAAAGCACCUGCUCGGUCGACGAACUAAUCGAGGAGAAUCAAGCGGUGGAAAUCUGCGUUUGUUUUGUAAGAGGAACAUUUUUUUAUUUGAUCUAAACAUCGCGUCCUUUCACCGGAGAAAAGAUGAGCUGCUUCAGUGAGAGUCGAAGACGCACAUCUCCCAUGCGGGGCAGCAGCCGGAACGACCUGGUCCCCUCCAAACUUCCCAGGAUGAACGGGUGGUCGUGGCCCCCUCAGGCCUUCCAAGUGGUCGGCUGGUUGGUGUACAGCUUCUUUGCCAUAGUCGGAUUCGGCAUCUACAUCCCUCUUCUUCCUCUGCCGUGGAACCAUGUGCUCUACUCCCUCACGGGCAUAGCAUUUAUCGUGCACCUUUUCACGCACAUUGCUGCCGUCACUAUAGACCCAGCGGACGCCAGCGUCCGGGCCAAACAGAGCUACUCCAGCCCAAAGCCACUUUUUGAUCGGAAAAACCAGCAGCAUGUCAUCCAGGACCUGCACUGUUAUCUAUGUGAUGUCAAGGUUGGCCCCAAAGUGAAACACUGUGGUGUUUGCAACAAAUGUGUGGAAGACUUUGAUCACCAUUGCAAAUGGCUGAACAACUGCGUGGGUGGGAGAAACUACUGGUGCUUCUUUGUGGCACUGUCCUCUGCUACGAUGGGGUCCUUCCUGCUCGUUGUUGUCAUCUUCUUCAUCUUUAUUCAGCAUUACCUGGACCCAAACACUCUAAGAACUGCUCCACAGUUUGGUAGUUUGCUGGGGAAUGGGACCUGGCUGGUGUUUAUACCAUUAGCACCCAUAAAGACUAGUUCAGCUGGUCUCCUCAUAUUGGCCUUUAUAACAGUGAUGCUUUGCAUCGUCUGCCUGCUGCUGCUCUGUCAUCUGCUGGGUUUUCACUUUUACCUCUUUUCUAAAGGAAUAAGCACCUAUGAUUAUGUAAAGAUGCAGCGCCAGAAAGAAGCUAGAAUCAUAGACAAUGAAGCAGGACAAUCCCAUGAUGCCAAAACUCAUAACAAUGACCCAGAGAACCAAGAUCGCUCAAUUGACUGUGAGCCUGCAUUAUCACAGAGUUCAAGUACCUGCAAAUUUGAUGAUGGAGUUCCACUUAGCAGCAGAAUUCCCGGGUCCAUAUGUACAGAGCUGGAAAACCUCAAGACAUCAACAGAGAAGGAGAAUAGUUUUCAUUAUGGAACAGAAAGCCCCACAGAGAAGACAGAAAGGGAAAUAAAUGACAUCAAAUGCUGGAGGCCUAGUGCUGAGGAAGAUGCUCAGAGCCCCAGUGUGCAGUCUGUGGACAGUGUUCCUGUGGUGCAGGACCCUCUGGGCAGCUCAGUUAUGACUCCAGACGGUACGUGAUAGGAACUGACGUGUGAUGAACAGCAGGGAACGAUGAUACGCUGCUUUCAGGGACCAUGUAUUAUGAAUCUUUGCAUCAUGAAACUGAGCGUCAUGGACACAUCGUUGACAUGGACAGAGGACAUCAUGGACCUCACCUCACAGUUUGAUACAGUUUUUUUUAUUUUCAACUAGUGGACAAUUGUGGACCUGUUCUUGUGUUUUUAUCUACACUGUGUUUUAAUGUCAGAUGAAUUAUUUAAAGCCUGUUUUUAUGUCACUGACUUCAGUCAGAAAGUCAGAAAGUCCAGCUCACAUACACUUAUAUUCAACCUGAGUCACAUAGACACAACAAUGCGUAGGAACAAUUUAUCUUCCUGAAAAGCUGAAACAUAAUACUUGAGUUUACUGUUCAUAUUCUGAGCCAGAUGGGUUUCAUCAAGGCAUUUACACCCUGUCAUUUUAUCUGGAGACCAAAGAGAGAACCUGACAUGACAAAACACACCUUCUAACUCAUGUAGUGGAUCAGAUAGAAGUUUGAAAAUGAGGCAGCAGUUCAGCUUUCGGUUAACUGUCGAUAUCACAAACCCAUCAGGGCUUCGUGUCUUUUUUUUUAUGGCUGAAUUUGAUAGUAAAUUAUAUAAACAGACCAUAUUUUCUACAUUAUUUUUCUUCUUUAGCUUCUUUACCACACAUUGACAACCAACCAUAUCCAGAUUGUGGGUAUUCCUGGUUUCUGUCUAUAUAUUCUAAGAUAAACAGGUAUUUACUGGUUGAAUUUACCUCAAAACAUUUGUUUGCCCAUAGCUGCUGAGCAUGUUCAGCUAAAAAAAAGUCUCUGUGUGUUGCUAAACUACUUUUAACUAAAGUAUAUCCUCAUGCACUUUAAAGUAAAAUGCUAUUCUGGCAAACAAUCUUAACCAUUGUUUUUUAUAUAACACACUAACUAAAGCAGUUUGAGAGCAGAGUGAUUCACAGUUAUUUUAAUGGGGUAGUUAAGACGUGUUACUGGGCAGCAGGAUUUGUCUAAAAGAUAAGGAUUUGGUGAAUACACAACCAGGACUAACAAUAAUUACCCAAAGAAAAUAAACAAGAACGACUUAGCUUGUAAGACAUGUCCACUGUGUUUCAGUUGGCAAAACAACCUGUUUAACAACAGAUAUCACAUCCAGGAGACUGUCAAAGUAUAUUUCUACUUAUUGUGUCCGUAAGAACAACUGCUCUGUUAUAUCACAUAUAGAGACUCCUAAAAUGUUUUUUUUCCUAACCUGUGGCCUUAAUGUGAUUGGAGCCAGUGUAAAGAAACCUUCACAGUGAGUGAUCCUAGCAUCGCUGUACAUGAAUUAUACUUUUAUUUAUCUAUCAAUUGGAUUUGAGCCUUUGAGACACAAAUUGUUAGUUUUAGUGUUUAGCGCUGUUAGUGUUUGUAAGCCGUCACAUAUUUUCACCACCGGAGGGCUGUAGACACUGGAAGACUUGUGUUUUUAAGUUGAUUGUUUAACAAGCGUAUGUCUGGGUGGUUUAGGUUUCAUCUGUUUAUUUCAGAGAGAACUACCUGUCAUGUGCUAAUUUAAUGGAGCCAGUCUCUUCCUCCUACAUAGACUUUAUAGGGGAGAAAUCUAUUGUUCGGCCAUUUCUUAUCAUGGCUUGAAUUACUUGACAGGGGCCUGAUGGGCCUUUAUUUCACAGCACAUCAGAAAGCUCAGUUCUGUUCCCUGUUGUGGUUGCGGUGUUUUAGGAAGCCCUGACAGUGAGACGGCGAGUCCUCAUGCACAACACCCGGCUCGCUGAAACCAAAUCCGUUAAUAAAACACCAUCGCUGAUUGUGUUAUUUACACCAGUGCUGUACCUGCUAUAACCACUGUAUUGUAUUGUAUUAUAUUGUAUUGUAUUGUAUUGUAUUGUAUUGUAUUGUAUUGUAUUGUAUUGUAUUGUAUUGUUUUGUCACAAGUCUUGGUCUGUCCAUACUACUGUUUGUAAGAUAUAAUCUCUCUCCUUAUUAAUUAUUUGUCUCAGAGGCAAAUAUGUGGGAGUAACAUCAAAAACAAACAGAGAAGUUUAUCAGUAUGAAAUAACAAAAUAAGACUAUUAAUCCAUGUUGCAAUCACACAACUAAAAGAGAUGUUUAAAUAGUAAGUAUUUCCCCUAUCUAUUUAUUUUUCUAUGUCAAUAAAUCAUGAGAAACUGGAGGAAGGAAAAGGAUCAGAGAAAGGAUUUGCCUCAUGACCUUACACCAAUGUAUUAUGUGUUUUAAAUGUUUGGUAUCCAUAGAAGAACUGUUUAUUUGUUUCUGUACAGGUUUUAUUGCAAAAGCUGAUUUCACAAAAGUGGCACAGAGACUGUUCAACUGUUGACUGUGAUAGUAAAGUGACUUUUGUGAACCUACUCCUCAC